AUGAACCUGCGCCUGUCCCGGACUCAGGGGACCCUGCUGCCCUCCACAGACCCGGAUGGGAGGGUGCCGCGCCUCCCUUGCUCCCGCGCGGAGCCUCCGGCCCUGACCCGGCCUCACCCUCGGGUUUCAGCGUCCGCCGCCCUGACCUGCCCGGAGGAGGAGAGCGCGUUCGAGGGCGACACGGUGACCCUGCGGUGCACCUACGAGGGGGCGCUCAGGACGCGCCCCAAGUACUGGUGCAGGGAGGUCGGCGUCUUCAUCUCCCGCUGCGCCAACAAGAUCUUCUCCGGAGAGGACGGCCAGGAGGUCAGGCAGGGCCGCGCGUCCAUCCUGGACCGCCCGGGAGAGCUGGCGCUCGUGGUGACCCUCAGGGGCCUCACGCUGCAGGACUCGGGGAAGUACUGGUGCGGGGCCCAGAAGCUGGGCCCGGACGACGCCUGCCUGGUCGCCCUGGCCGUCCUCCCAGGGAGCUCCCGCCCAGCCGUGCUGCCUGACUCCUCCACAGCAGGGGACCCUGGUCCUGUCUCCAGCAGCCACAGUUCCGUGCCCAGGUGCAGCCACCCCAGCUCAGUGGCAUUUUCCUGCCCUGGUUGCAUCAGUGCAACAACCUCCAAACACCAUUCCCUUCCCAGCUGCAGUCCCAACAAGGAGGAAGCGUUCAGGCUGCUCACUGGGGUUCAGGAGGCUGCGAAUGGGGCCCGGCUGCUGGCCCCCAUCCUGGUGAUCCUGUCCCUGCUGCUGGCCGCAGGUCUCAUCGCCCUGGGUGCCCACGUGCUCCAGGGGCGGAGGCCAGGGAGCCGAAAGGAAAGCAGAGUGUCCUCUGACUGCUGGAUUGGAAUCUGCAUUUUAAGAAAGUGUGUGAGGGUCGGUCCUGUUGUGACCUCGGCUUUUUGUUCUUGCAACAAAUUCCUGUUAAUCAAUGGCUUCAGGGGUCCCCCUGGCUUGAGGUGCGGGAAGCUCCAGCCCUGUCCCUCUGGCCAGAGCAGAGCCUCACCUGGGCAGCUGUCCCUGUUCCUGCUUCCUUCAGGGACCCAAAGCCCCACAAGCUCUUUGGGCCGAGGACACACAGCGGGGCAAGAAGCUGUACUUCCCGGCCGCGCCACUGGAAGCCAGCUGGGUCCCCAAGGACACUGUGGUCAGCCUUGCCAGACACCCCAACCCCCUCACCAGCUCCUCCCUGGGCUCCACCAUGGAAAUCUGCUACCUGAACCAGGCCAGAGGGGAGGAGGAAGCCCUUUCGCAGGCCCCCGAAGCAGCUGAAACCCCAGUGCAGUGCAGAAUGUCAGAGGAGCCAGACCUGGCCGAGUUCAUCGCGGUGUAGCUGGGGACCCCGCCAGCUGGCCUCACUCCAGUGCUUCUGAUCCCACCGCUGCCCUCCCCAGGCUCCCAGCACCUCCACACUGAGUGACAUCCCCAGCUCUUGUUAUUAUGAGACAGGAUCUCACUAAAUUGCUAAGUUGCCCAGGCCGGGCCUGAACUUAGAUCCUCCCGCCUCAGCCUCCCAGAAUGCUGGGAUUAUGCCCAGCACCCAGACUCCAUGUGACCGAGAGGAGAGUAGGACUGGGCUGUGCACCCUCACUGGGUCAGGCAGUCUCCCCUCCAAGAAACCCACGCUGGGACCCCCACUCUCCUCCCAGCACCUCCGACCUGGUGCUGGCUGAGCCCACUUCUGUCCAGAAUGAGGCUGUGAACCUCACGCCCCACUCUGGGGGACACCAGGCCCCAUCAGAACCCUGAUCGUUUUGAGGGUGGGCCAGGACUCUGUCUAAUGAGUGUCUGGGGACUUCCCGGGGUGAGGCCCCUGGGUCAGAUGAACCCUCGGACGCCAGCUUGUGGGGUCCACACUGGGCUGCGGAUCCCUGCUCCGCCCCUGCGCCCUGACCGUGGGUGCAGGAAGCACAGCUCCUUCCUGCCCGGAGAGGCCUCAUGUGCCUGGGUCCUGGGUUGGGGCCCGGGUCCUCUGCUCGGCCCCAUCUCCCCUUCUCCAGGCUGAAGUCCUGGCACCCACGCGCCUCUCCUGCCCAGUGCUGGCAAUGUGAGCUCCCUCCUCCACCCACAAGCCCCUGGAAUAAAGUGCUUGCCCGCCGCCCGUGGAGUUACUGAAUUAGUU